AUGGCAUACUCAUCUGGAUCAUCUUCCGAGAACCAAACUGUUCUUGCUACUAGGAAUCGUGACAAGAACUUGUAUGCUUGUCGUCAUCCAAAGUUAAGCGUAGAAAGGAUGUCGAUGUCAGAUAAGAAUCCAGCUAGUAGAUUUCGCAACAACAUUGACUUUUUGUGUAAAUACUUCAGGUGGAUCACUGAUGAGCUGACACCACACUACAAUGAUGUAUUUAACAAUCUCAAGUAUGAGUUGCAACUAAUGAAAGAAACUAGUUACGAUGCAAGACUAGAGAGAAGGGUAGCUUUGUUGGAGAACCUGAAUGCUGAAGCUACUGUUGCUAAAGAAAUUGUUGAUGGUGAGUUAGCCAUGGCUGUUGAAGAAAACAAACAAUAG